AAUAUGGUGCUGUGGGAUCGCUUCGGUCACACUGCGAUACUGCUCGCUGCGGGUAUUAGCAAAAACACAGAGUAGAUAGAAGCAAACGAAAACAUGGUUUUAUAGCGCAAAUCUGAUACAAUCGCACUGGUCAUCUAGAAACUUGAACCAUUGACCUGCAAAAGGAAAAGGCUCUCCCGUAAGGUUAUCCUGGAUAGCUAGGGGAACACCAUGGCGUAUGGCUGGAACGGAUGCGGAAUGGACGUUCAGGUGAACGGGAGCAACGGCUCCAUAGGUUUAUCCUCAAAGUACUCCCGCAGCACGGAGCUGCGACGCGUCGAGGACAACGACAUUUACCGGCUUGCCAAAAUCCUAGACGAAAACUCUUGCUGGCGCAAGCUAAUGUCUAUCAUACCCAAGGGCAUGGAUGUGCAGGCCUGUAGCGGAGCCGGAAACUUAAAUUUUCCAGCGGAAAUCCAAAAAGGAUUUAAAUAUUCUGCGCAGAACGUUAGCCAGAUUGACGAGGCUGCAAGCCGACUGUCGCCAGACCAGAGCAAGUCGCAAAUGAUGAUCGACGAGUGGAAAACCUCUGGCAAGCUUAACGAGCGGCCCACGGUGGGGGUGUUGCUCCAACUUCUGGUGCAGGCAGAGCUCUUCAGUGCGGCAGACUUUGUGGCACUAGACUUCCUAAAUGAGUCCAUCCCUGUUCGGCCGAUUGACGGUCCCGCAGCGCCCAUCAGCCUGGAGCUGCCGGAUGAUGACAUGGAAGUGGACAACGAUGGGCUGAACCUCAGAUACCAGUUAAGCACUGCCUCUGUUGGGGGAGGCGCUCAAGGUAGCGUUGGCCUGAACCUGGACACUUUUGAAAAAGACAUGGUGAGGAGGGACAAGAGUGUACCCCAGUCGUCAGGGAUCGCCCGCCCCUUAGUGCCACCUCGACGACAGCCACGGAAUAAUACUAGCUCCAGCUUCACCGCAGGCACCAGAACCAUGUCGGCGACCAUCCCAAAUGUGCCCAACUUGACAAUUCUAAAUCCCAGCGAACAAAUUCAGGAGCAAGUUCUGCAGCCACGACCACCGAAUAUCCCAGAUCUGUCUAUACUUGUUGCAAACUCGGGUGAUUCAGGGGCAACUUUGUCUGGCAACACAAGCAACAAAUCCAACUCAACAGAUUCGACAAACAUACCGCGAAUCACUCUUUUAAUUGAUAAUUCUGCAGAUUUAAGCUCUCAAUCAAAUCACGAUGCAGCGAAAGCUCCAACGGCUACCACAUCAAUUGCGACAUCAAACAACUUGCCAAUGAUAAGCGCCUUGAAUAUAAAUAAUGACAGCGGGGAGACUUUGCGUCCUGAGAGCAGAAGCAGUUUCAGCAGCUUAAGCAAAGAUGAUGACGAUGAUAUCGAUGGGGAUGAGGAUGUAGAGGAAGAAUACCCAGAUGCCUUCCUGCCAAACCUGUGUAACUUGGAGCAGCAGAACUCAAACAAUGAUUCCAGCCUGACAACGGUUACUGGCACCAGCGGUGAUAACAGCUUUGAGCUGACCAACGACUCCAGCUCCACCUCAAACGACGAUUACGCUUGUAACAUUCCAGACUUGAGUGAGCUGCAGCAAUAGGUAAAGGCACCGACAGUCGGCGGUGAUGACAUUCCGUUUGUCACCCAAGCUUACGAUAAUUUAUACAACCCAGGUGUAUUCAUUUGUCUGUCCAUAUUGGCAGCUGGGGUAGGACCUUCUUAUAUUAUGCAUAAGGUCCAACUAGAAUCUAAAACUUAGUGCAAUCAUCAUUCAUUCUCCAUAUCACAGCUACCGACCAAGUUUAUGACAAGAACGGCAAUAUCAAAUAUUUCCGUUUAAGAAAAGCCAUAACCCAAUACCAAAAUUAAAAAAUUUUUAUGUGCUUACAAAAUACUCCUUAA